UCUUCUAAACGAGAUAAUCCAGCAUCUGGCUAACAAGAAGAAGACCAACAAGACGAGUCACAUCUGGAGGAAAAGGUGGGGGGAGAGAAAAGCGGGUGAGUCUCAGUCCUCAGAGGUUUUACAACACAGACCAUCAGCUCCACGAAUGGGACUAGCUGUAACCUCCACGCUGUUCUUGCUGAUGUCCCUGGAAGCAAAUAGAAAACAUGGCUCUCCUGAGAAAAAUCAAUCGGAUCCUGCUGGUGCUGCUGGUGCUGAUGGUGUGCCUCCUCCUGCGCAGUACACUGCUCAGAGCCUCCACUCGGCCAAGACUCUCAGAGAACAGGAAAAGCCCCAAGAAUGCAGGACAAGUUUCUCAGGAACACGCUGCAGAAGCGCAUGAUGUCGUGCCCGUCGUCAUCUGUGCAUCAGAGGAGCGCAUGGGUGCCUCCAUGGCAACCAUCAACAGCAUCAUCAGCAACACAGACGCCAGUGUUUUCUUCUACGUUGUUACUCUUCGUGAUGCUGUCAAACUCACGAGGAGGUACAUAGAGAAGACAAAACUCAAAGGCAUCCGCUACAAGAUAGUGGAAUUUAAUCCGAUGGUCCUUGUUGGAAAGGUGAAGCCAGAUUCAUCUCGACCCGAUCUCUUACAUCCCCUCAACUUUGUGCGGUUUUACCUCCCUCUGCUCGACAUCCUCCACUCGAGGGUUAUAUACUUAGAUGAUGACAUCAUCGUGCAGGGUGACAUCAGGGAUCUGUUUAAUAUCAAGCUGAAGCCAGGACACGCGGCUGCUUUUGCCACAGACUGCGACCUUCCCUCCACACACGAGACGGUGCGCAGCAUCGGGAUGCAGACAACCUACAUGGGCUUCCUGGACUACAGGAAACAGGAAGUGAAAGACCUGGGCAUCAACCCCAGCGACUGCUCUUUCAACCCUGGAGUCUUUGUGGCAGAUAUGAACGAGUGGAAGAAGCAGAAGGUCACCAAAGAGCUGGAGAAGUGGAUGGAGGAGAAUUUCAGACAAAACAUAUACAGCAGUGCCAUGGCAGGGGGCGUGGCAACCCCACCCAUGCUAAUCGUGUUUCAUGACAAAUACACGAUACUGGACCCUCUGUGGCACGUCAGGCACCUGGGCUGGAGUCCGGAUGUCCAUUACCCAGAGAACUUCCUCCAGGAGGCGCACCUGCUGCACUGGAAUGGCCCGUUCAAACCCUGGAAUUACCCUGCUGUGCAUUUAGAUCGCUGGGAGAAGUGGUUCAUCCCAGACCCCUCUGGAAGGUUCUCUUGGGAACGUCCUGACGACGACAGCUGAGGUCCGUGGCUGCGGCACCAAGGAGCCGGUCAGAGGGUCACGUGACACACGCUUACAGGGACGGGGCGAAGGAGUAAAUCCACGAAUGUAACACUGAAACAGCGAGACACCAAACUGACCAAUCUAAAGAACAUAAGAGACUGAAUGCUGUUGUGUGUUUGUGAAACGUGUAUUUCAAACCUAACAUUUAAGAUUGUUUCUUAUCUUUAUAUGUUUUCCAUACUGCUUCAUAUAUCUGUCAUCGCUAUCCUUAAGCUAACAAUACAACUGUAUAGUUUUCUACCCAGGAUAUAUUACUGAUUUCAUUUAGUGUGCAGCUCCAGACAGUGAUGGGCUGAGAGGCCCCAGGAGCCCUGAGGACUGUGAAAAGCUGGUUCAAAUAUAACGUCGUCUCGCGUGGCAGAGCCUGCGUCCGCUCUGUAACGACAGGCUGCGGUGGGCUCUUUUGCGCCCCCAGCAGGUCAGACAGUGCACAUUUCAUGUGAACUUGAACAGGCACACUCGUCGUUCCCAGACAUGAAGCCAGUGACUCUGUUCAUGCCUCUUUUCUCUCUCAUCUGUGAGGCUGACCUUUCUGAGCGAACAGUCGUUACAUUCAUGCUUCCUCACACAGAACACGGCGGUCAUUUAACUUGUGCUGUCAGAUUUUCAAUCGAACCAAACAUCUACUAAGUCAAUCACCAUUUAGGUUUCCUUUUCUUAAUUAGCCUUUUAUAAAAGUGGCUCAGUGCAGAUAUAAAUAUAUAACCUGCAAUUUGUUAAAACCAGUCUUGCCAGGCACACUGGGUAGUUCAUAUGAUGGCAACGGUAAAAUGCGUGUUUGAAACUGCGACAAAGUUCACAGCAAGAAGUGGAUGUAAGUAGAAGUCACAGUGGAUUUCUGGGAUGAGCACUUUCUAUUGUUGUUAUUACUCUUUAGUUUCAUGUUGCACUCACUGCUUGGCUUGUUCAGCCCCACAAACUUCACGCGUGAGCAGAAGGCAGCCUGAAGUUUUCAGAUUUGUGCCUUUCACAACAUGAGCUCCCGUUACUGGUUCCAGCCACCAGAGGGCGUGAUGCUCCUGGUAGUCUGUACUCGAUGUGAAGCAGCGACUGUCACUGCUGCAGUUGACUGUUGGUAAGAGACACAUGAUUCCUCCUGAGAACAA